AUGGAUCAAGUCAAGCGUUGCGCUAUUAUUGGAGGGUCGAUUUCUGGGUUGACUUCAGCAAAGUAAGUUAAACUUUAAUGGAAUAGUUAAAACUCGAAAGCCUACUAAUUCUAAGCACAUUAAAUUUUAGUUUCUUAAGCCUAAGCCUCACUAAUUAAAGCCUAAUUCUAAAGCUAAAACUGAACCCAAAUUUGAGAUUACGCUUGAAAUUAAGGUUGAGGUUGAGCUUGACCUUGUGCUUAAACCCCCUGAAUCUAAGCCUAAGCCUAAGUUUAAGACUAAGCCUAAGACUAAGCCUGAGCCUAAGCCUAAGCCUAAGCCUAAGCCUAAGCCUAAGCUCAAUUCUUAGUUUAAGCCUAAAUUUAAGCUUAAGCGUAUGUGAAAACCUAAUCCUAUGUCUCAGCUCUAGCCUUUAAAUGUUAAAAUUAUAUUAACUAUGCCAAUUCCAGAUGGGCUAGAGAAUACGGAAUAGAGCCGGUCGUAUUCGAAGCUGCCAACUACAUUGGCGGUCUUUGGAAGUACAAAGAAGAAGACGGCGACCUACCUACCGUAAUGAAGUCUACAGUAAUUAACUCUUCAAAAGAAUGUGCCGCCCUCUCCGACUAUCCACCCCCAGCUGACGCCGGACCCUACAUGCACCAUACCAAGUUCUACGAGUAUAUCGUGAACUAUGCCAAGGACAAUCACGUUACUCAGCACGUUCGCCUCAACCACCGUGUUAACAACGUAUGGAAGACCAAGGACUACAGUAAGACCGGGCAAUGGCAUGUAGAGUAUGUUGAUGAUAAGGGUACUGUAUAUCAAGAGGUGUUUGAUGCCGUACUGAGCUGUGUUGGGCAUCAUACCACACCAAACUGGCCUAAGGAGUGGCCUGGGCAACAAGAGUUCGAGGGACAGUUGACCCACGCCCAUUCGUACAAACGCUCUCGAGGCUAUGACGAUAAGGUGGUGGUGGUGGUUGGGGCUGGCAACUCGGCCAUGGAUAUUGUGAGUUUAUGGCAAGAACUUUCUUUACAAAAAAAAUGGCAAGAACUUUCUUUACAGGUUAAAAAAUGGCAAUAACUUUCUUUACAAAACAAAAAAUCGCAAGAACUUUCUUUACAAGAUCAAAAAUGGCAAGAACUUUCUUUACAAAACAAAAAAUAGCGAGAACUUUCUUUACAAACCCAAAAUUACGGUUUUAUAAGCAAAAAUACAGUGUGCAGCCUGCAAGUGACAAAUUAUACGAUGAAACCGUUCUUUCAGAUCUGCGAACUCGGCCGCGUAGCCAAGCAAGUCCACUGGUCCACACGCCGUGGAGCCUGGAUCUCUCCCAAAUGCACAGAUAACGGUUGGCCAACUGAUAUGGCCAUGCAACGCCGCUUCCUCUACUACCUCGGCCAAUUCGCGCCCUGGCUUUUGGAGAAGUACGUGCGCGACAAGCACAACCGCCACCUCGACCACAAUUUGUACGGGAUUCAGCCCAAGCACGGUGUCUUCAACCAACACCCCACCGCCAGUGACGAACUGCCUAUUCGAAUCGCCUCCGACCUGGUUUUACCCCGCCCCGACAUCAAAUGCUUCGGCCGCCGCUCGGUGGAGUUCAUCGAUGGAACGGUGGUGGAGAACGUUGAUGAAGUGGUGUUUGCGACGGGCUACAGAUUCAGGUUCGGGUUCUUGGAGAAUGGGGAGCUGGUACCGGUCGAUAAUAACAAAUGUCGAUUGUAUAAACAGAUGUACCCUAAGGAUAAGGACGAGAAGAACACGUGUGCUGUCAUUGGAUUGGCUCAGGUGAGAAAGAGAGAAAAAAUUUUGUUUGCAAAAUAAAAACAUAAAAUGACAAAAACUUUUUUUACAACGCAAAAAAUGGCAGGAACUUUCUUUACAAAACAUAAAAUGGCAAUAACUUUCUUUACAAAACAAAAAACACCAUCUUGAUAAACAAAACAACUUCUGCAGCGUGCGGAUGCCAAGUUAUACGAUGAAUCCGUUUUUAUCAAGAAAAAAUAAAAAAUGGAAAGAAUUUUCUUUAAAAUACAAAAAAUGACAAAAACUUUCUUUACAAACCGAAAAACAAACCAUUUCGUUGACUAAAAGUACGUUUGCAGCCUGCGAGCGACAAGUUAUACGAUAGAACCUGUUUUUGAAAGAAAAAAGAUAAAAACGGCAAUAAAUUUGUUUCCAAAGAUUAGAAAAAUGAUUUUAAAAAUGAUUUACGCAAAAAUUUUUUUUACAAAACAAAAAUAGCAAAAACUUUCUUUACAAAACAAAAAAUGGCAAGAACUUUCUUUACAAUAUAAAAAAUGGCAAAAACUUUCUUUACAAAUCAUAAAAUGGCAAUAACUUUCUUUACAAAACAAAUUCUUUACAAAUUUUUUAAUUUUCAGCCUCAGGGCUCAAUCUUACCAGUAUUAGAACUGCAAGCUCGUUUGUUCUUCGACGCUUUCACUGGCAAUACAAAGCUGCCAAGCUGCGAUGGAAUGGAGAAAGCCAAUGAUGAAUAUCAACAGUUUUUGAAGGACAACUUUGUUCAUUCCGAACGAUACACUAUUGAGGUAAAGCUUUGGUAAAAUACGUCUUCUCCAGUUAUACGCUUAGAAAGUUAGAAUUUUUGAAUUUUAAUGUAAAUUUAAAAAUUGCAAAUCCUUUGAAAAAAAAAUUUAAUUUAUAAAAUUUUGAAAAUUAUGCAAAAAUGCCAUUUUAGCGUAGAAAAUCACAAAAUUUGGAUUUUCUUAAAAUUUUGAAAUUUCAAUUUUUUUCAAAAUUUUUAAAUUUAAAAAAGUGUCAUUUUCAACAUUAAAAAUUCAUGAAAAAUAUCAUUUUUAGGCUUAAAAACCCAAAAAAAAUAUUUUUUUUUACUUAAAAAAAAAUUUUUUUUUAAUUUUAAAAAAUUUCAUUUUUGGGCUUUGAAACAUUAAAAAAGCCAUUUUGUGAGCCGUAGCCCUAGCCCAGAGCCCUAGCCCAGAGCCCUAGCCCAGAGCCCUAGUCCAGAGCCCUAGCCCUAGCCCAGAGCCCUAGCCCAGAGCCCUAGCCCAGAGUCCUAGCCCAGAGCCCUAGUCCAGAGCCCUAGCCCUAGCCCAGAGCCCUAGCCCAGAGCCCUAGCCCAGAGCCCUAGCCCAGAGCCCUAGCCCAGAGCCCUAGUCCAGAGCCCUAGCCCUAGCCCAGAGCCCUAGCCCAGAGCCCUAGCCCAGAGCCCCAGCCCAGAGUCCUAGCCCAGAGCCCUAGUCCAGAGCCCUAGCCCUAGCCCAGAGCCCUAGCCCAGAGCCCUAGCCCAGAGCCCUAGCCCAGAGCCCUAGCCCAGAGCCCUAGCCCAGAGCCCUAGCCCAGAGCCCUAGCCCAGAGGCUUAGCCCAGAGCCCUAGCCCAGAGCCCUACUCCAAAGUUGUAGCCCAGAGCCUUAAACCUAGCCGACACAGCCCUAGUCUUAGCCCUAACUUAGGCCCAAACCCAGGCCCCGUCCUACAGCUUAACGUUACAAAAUUUACAUUUUUAAAUUCCAAAAUUUUCAAAAUUUCAGAUAGACUACAUGGACUACAUGAACAAAGUCGGAGACAUGCUGGGUUGUUCCCCAAAGCCCUUUGACUAUCUACUUUCCGACCCCCUACUCUGUUAUCACCUUAUCUUUGGCUCCGAGCUGCCAUAUGCGUUUCGACUUCGAGGCCCUCACAAAUGGAGUGGAGCUAGGAAGGCGAUUCUGGAGGCCAACAAGAGGGUCGAGAUGGGUAUCAGAAAAAGAGAAACUGGUACCAAGUUCACGUACGGGUACGACAACGGCAUCUAUGUGGUGGGGAUUGUCAUCAUUUUGGUGGUGGGGCUGAUUGUCAAUUUGGGAAUGAGUGUUUUGGCUUGA